AUGGACGAUGAAGAUGAAGACUCCGAGGAGGAGGAGGAGGCAGAAGGAGACAACGAAGACCCCUCAGAGUAUGAAACAGUAGACGACGAUGAAGACUCUGAGGAAGAAGAGACCUUAGAAGAGGACGAAGAGGAGGAGGAGGAGGAGGAGGAGGAGGAGGCAGUUAAUGAAGAAGACCCCUCAGAGCAUGAGACAGUAGAAGAGGAGGAAGACUCUGAGGAGGAGGACACAACAGAAGAAGAUGAAGACCACGCAGAAGAGGAGAAGGGGUCUUCUGACGACGAUUAUGAGGAGGAGGAGAAGGAGGAAGAGAAAGCGAAACCAGAGGACGAAGAUGAUCACGACGAGUUCCUGGAAAUUCUGGGGCAGUUCAUGAACGAUCCCACCCACCGCCCCACCGAAUUUCCAAGGCCAUCCCUGGUGCGUGGUCCCAGGAGGAAUCAUGUCCUCGAGGCAGUUCUCGCGAUGCGUGGGAAAGUGGACAGACUCUCAAGGGAGAAUGAGAAGCUGCAGAAGGAACGAUUGGACCGCCUGAAUUUGACUGAGGAGCUGCAAGACAAGAAGGACAUAGAGAUGAACAAUAUGAGAACAGAGAUUGAAAGCCUUGCAGGAGAGAAUAGCAAGCUGAACACAGCCUUACUGGAAUGCAAGAGGCGGGAAAGGGAACUAGAAUGUCAAGUUCAAAAUCUAACCGAGGCGGUCGAAAACUUAGAAGAAACGAGAACUGGGAAGAAAGAACAGGUGUCUUCUGAAGUACAAGGAGGCACUGAGGCCGCUGAACUGCAGAGUAUUAUCGAUAAACAAGCCGAUCUAAUCAGCCGUUUGAAGAAGAAGCUUCUGGAAAUGGAAGAGGAGAGACUGCAGCAUGAGUCCGAUUUCCAAGAAUGGGAAAAGACAGUCUAUAAGGUCAGGAAUGAGAACUCCAAGUUGAAGGUAGCCUUGGAGGAAAACAAUCAUAAAAACGAACUAUUUAGAAUUUUCGAAAAACGUAAUAAAGUCCUGGAAGAAGAGAACAAAAGGCUGAAGCGAGAAAUGGCUAACAAAGAAAGUAAGGAGAAGAAAGAGAAAAGUUUAAUCUCAAAGGAGAUGGAGACCCUCAGGAGGCAGAAGACCGAAGCGUUUAUAGUCCGCGACGAGAUGAGGAAUGAGAAAGAGUCCAUGGCCCGUCACAUUCUCACACUAGAACGUGAGAACAAGGAUUGCAAGAGAGACGUGGCCUAUUUUCAGGAGUGGUUUGCCAAGGAUUACACAAAUCACUCCGAGGACGUGGAAGAUUGUCUCAACAAGUUAUUUGAAGAGGAGGAGGAGGCAGAAGGAGACAACGAAGACCCCUCAGAGUAUGAAACAGUAGACGACGAUGAAGACUCUGAGGAAGAAGAGACAGUAGAAGAGGACGAAGAGGAGGAGGAGGAGGAGAAGGAGGAGGCAGUAAAAGAAGAAGGCCCCUCAGAGUAUGAGACAGUAGAAGACGAUAAAGACUCUGAGGAGGAGGAGGAAGAAGCAGUAGAAGAGAACGAAGACCCCUCAGAGCAUGAGAUAGUAGAAGAGGAGGAAGACUCUGAGGAGGAGGACACAACAGAAGAAGAUGAAGACCACGCAGAAGAGGAGAAGGGGUCUUCUGACGACGAUUAUGAGGAGGAGGAGAAGGAGGAAGAGAAAGCGAAACCAGAGGACGAAGAUGAUCACGACGAGUUCCUGGAAAUUCUGGGGCAGUUCAUGAACGAUCCCACCGCCCCCACCGAAUUUCCAAGGCCAUCCCUGGUGCGUGGUCCUAGGAGGAAUCAUGUCCUCGAGGCAGUUCUCGCGAUGCGUGGGAAAGUGGACAGACUCUCAAGGGAGAAUGAGAAGCUGCAGAAGGAACGAUUGGACCGCCUGAAUUUGACUGAGGAGCUGCAAGACAAGAAGGACAUAGAGAUGAACAAUAUGAGAACAGAGAUUGAAAGCCUUGCAGGAGAGAAUAGCAAGCUGAACACAGCCUUACUGGAAUGCAAGAGGCGGGAAAGGGAACUAGAAUGUCAAGUUCAAAAAUUAACCGAGGCGGUCGAAAACUUAGAAGAAACGAGAACUGGGAAGAAAGAACAGGUGCCUUCUGAAGUACAAGGAGGCACUGAGGCCGCUGAACUGCAGAGUAUUAUCGAUAAACAAGCCGAUCUAAUCAGCCGUUUGAAGAAGAAGCUUCUGGAAAUGGAAGAGGAGAGACUGCAGCAUGAGUCCGAUUUCCAAGAAUGGGAAAAGACAGUCUAUAAGGUCAGGAAUGAGAACUCCAAGUUGAAGGUAGCCUUGGAGGAAAACAAUCAUAAAAACGAACUAUUUAGAAUUUUCGAAAAACGUAAUAAAGUCCUGGAAGAAGAGAACAAAAGGCUGAAGCGAGAAAUGGCUAACAAAGAAAGUAAGGAGAAGAAAGAGAAAAGUUUAAUCUCAAAGGAGAUGGAGACCCUCAGGAGGCAGAAGACCGAAGCGUUUAUAGUCCGCGACGAGAUGAGGAAUGAGAAAGAGUCCAUGGCCCGUCACAUUCUCACACUAGAACGUGAGAACAAGGAUUGCAAGAGAGACGUGGCCUAUUUUCAGGAGUGGUUUGCCAAGGAUUACACAAAUCACUCCGAGGACGUGGAAGAUUGUCUCAACAAGUUAUUUGAAGUUUCAGAUAGGCACCAGUUGCACCUGAAAGAAAAGUUACAGCGUUUGAGAAACGCAAGAGAUUCCAAUGACAAUUAG